GCCUCUCCUCGCUGCUAGCGGCUACCCAGAUUAGUCUCUUUUUUAGCUUUUCCUUUCUCUUUACCACACUGAUCAUUUGUUAUCUUUUUCCUGAAAUGGUUUGAGGCCUACUUCUCCUUUAUGAGUUCCUCUACCCUUUUCCAGGAAACCCCCCACAUGGAAACAAGGACCUUCCCUCUCUAGGGUUUUGCCUCUGCCAAAUUUGGAAAGAAGGGAAUAAUCAGUCUGUUUUUUUCUUCCUGUUCUUCUUCUCCAUAUUCAUAUCCAUCUUUUCUUUCUGCUCUAGUGUUCUUGGAAGUUGGUAGAUCCUGAAAUGGCGCGCGAGAAAAUCCAGAUAAAGAAGAUCGAUAACGUGACUGCGAGGCAGGUGACCUUUUCAAAGAGGAGGAGGGGAUUGUUCAAGAAAGCGCAGGAACUCUCCAUUCUCUGCGACGCUGAAGUUGGUCUCAUCAUCUUCUCUACCACAGGGAAGCUCUUUGAGUACGCUAACACCAGCAUUGAGAAGAUCACUGCAAGGUACAAAAUGCACUCCAAGACCCUUCAAAAAAUAGAAGCUCAGCCAUCUCAUGAGUUGCAUUUAGAGAACAGCAAUCUUUCUACGGUGAGCAAGCAGGUAGCAGAGGCAAGCCACCUGCUAAGGCAAAUGAGGGGAGAAGAACUUCAAGGAUUAAGCAUAGAUGAAUUAAUACAACUGGAGAAAACUCUCGAAAAUGGAUUGAGCCGUGUAUUGUCCCAAAAGAGUGAUAGACUGAUGCAUGAGAUAGAUGAGCUUCAGAGAAAGGAGGGGCAGCUGAUGGAAGAGAACAGCCGGCUUCGGCAACAGAUUGCUGUAUUGAACAACAACACUAAUAACAGCAAUAAUAGCAGCACCAAUAACAGCAAUAGCUAUUAUGGGGAUGUUGUCGAGCCUGAUAAUGUUGCCUCCGAGGACCGUCUUUCAUCUUCUUCCGGUUCUGUCACCACUAACCGUUCUUCUAAUGCUGCUGCUUGCCCUCCUCCUCCUCCUCAAGAUUACUAUGACAGCUCUGAUACCUCUCUUAGGCUGGGGUUACCCUUUUGAGGUGACAGGUGGUGGCGACGAACCUUGAAGUUCUACAGUAGGCAUUAGGAGAGAGUCGCCUGUACGAGUUCAAACUCCAAGACAGUGUUCCUCUAGUGUUUGAUAUAUGUAAUAAAAUCUGACGACUGUACCGUCCUUAUCAAAGUUGUCGGGACUGGACCCGCUCUUAAUAUAGGAUAUACCAAAAUAGCCUUGUUUCCCCGA